CUCUCUCUCUGUUUCUCUGUCUUCUUCUCCGAUCCGUAAAUCUUCCUGGUGCGUUAGGGACAGAGAUGGGAAACGGAAACUCAAGGGAGGAGGCUAAAGAAUCGAGACGGUCAAAGCUACGACAGAAGCUACAAAAGUUUCGCAUUCACCGUCGUCAUCUUCGUUGUUCUCGAAACUCGUCGGCAGGAAUGGUCAUACAAAGAGCUGUGUCCGCCGAGGAUUUCUCCGGCAUUGCGCUUCUCACUCUCAUUGGCGCGGAUAUGAAGUUUAAAGACAAGUGGCUCGCUUGUGUUUCUUUCGGUGAACAGACUUUUAGAACUGAAAUCUCUGAUACUACAGAGAAGCCAAUUUGGAACUCGGAAAAGAAGCUUUUGUUGGAGAAAAAUGGACCAAGUCUUGCUAGGGUCUCUGUAUUUGAGACAAAUAGGCUCUCAAGGAACAAAAUCAUCGGUUAUUGUGAGCUUGAUAUAUUCGAUUUUGCAGUGCAGGAACCUGAGUCGGCGUGUAAGUCAUUUGACUUGUUAGAUCCCACAUCAUCCAAUGUUGUUGGCACCAUUUUCCUUUCUUGCGCUAUUGAGGAUCCUGUUGAAACCGAGAGGCGGUUUGCAAAGCGUAUCUUGUCCAUAGUGGACUACAAUGAAGAUGGACAACUGUCGUUUUCGGAGUUCUCUGAUCUAAUAAAGGCUUUUGGAAAUUUAGUGGCUGCUAACAAGAAAGAAGAGUUGUUCAAAGCUGCUGACCUGAAUGGGGACGGUGUUGUGACGAUUGACGAGUUGGCUGUGCUUCUUGCUCUUCAACAAGAACAGGAGCCAAUAAUAAAUAAUUGUCCGGUGUGUGGUGAGGCUCUUCAGCUCUCUGACAAGCUCAACGCGAUGAUUCAUAUGACUCUUUGUUUUGACGAAGGAACGGGUAAUCAAGUGAUGACCGGAGGGUUUUUGACUGAUAGACAAGCUUCUUAUGGAUGGAUGUUCAAACUAAGUGAAUGGACACACUUAUCAACUUAUGACGUUGGUUUGAAUACUGGUUCAAGUGCCUCAUAUAUUGUGGUAAUUGACCGGAAGAGUAAGAGACUCGUGGAAGAGUUGAUAGACUCAAAGAUUGUUCUCUCCAUGAGAGCUAUUUAUCAGUCAAAAAUUGGACUUCGACUUAUGGAUCAAGGGGCAAAGGAGAUUCUGCAGAGACUUUCUGAGAAGCAGGGGAAGAAAAUGAGCUCUGUUGAAUCCGCACAAAAAAUACCACGCUUUCUCGAGUUCUUUAAGGAUCAAAUAAACAUGGCUGAAGUCAAGUAUCCUCUGCAGCAUUUUAAGACGUUCAAUGAGUUCUUCAUCCGGGAGUUGAAACCUGGUGCAAGACCAAUUGCUUGCAUGAAAGGCGAUGAUGUUGCCGUAUGUGCUGCUGAUUGUCGAUUAAUGGCAUUUCAGUCGGUGGAGGAUAGUACCCGUUUCUGGAUCAAGGGCAAAAAGUUUUCAAUAAGAGGCCUUCUUGGGAAGAGUACUGUGAAUACAAAUGCCUUCCUUGAUGGAUCUUUGGUGAUAUUCCGACUAGCACCACAGGAUUAUCAUCGGUUUCAUGUCCCUGUCUCUGGAGUCAUUGAAAAGUUUGUGGAUCUUUCUGGAAGCUUAUAUACAGUUAAUCCGAUUGCGGUCAAUAGCAAGUACUGUAAUGUAUUCACGGAAAAUAAACGAACCGUUGCAAUUAUAUCAACAGCAGAAUUUGGAAAGGUUGCUUUUGUUGCAAUCGGUGCGACAAUGGUUGGUAGCAUAAAUUUUGAGAGAAAGGAAGGAGAACAUGUGAAGAAAGGGGAUGAACUUGGUUAUUUUUCAUUUGGUGGAAGCACAGUUAUAUGUGUCUUUGAAAAGGACUCGAUCCGGAUCGAUGAGGAUCUCUUGGUUAACAGUGGUAGGUCCUUAGAGACAUUAGUGAGUGUUGGAAUGCAAUUAGGUGUCUCCACAAGGACAUUUGCUAGGUCUACAUUGACCUAAAAAUCAGAGACCAUUUGGUUUGAUUUGAUUUUCCUCUUGUUUCAUGCAUAAUAACUCUGUAUAUAACCAAAUGAAAUCUCCUCGGUAUUAUUUAUACAAUGAAUGAGCUAAAUAAACACACAUUCCUUGCCA